AUGCAUAAUUUCUAUGGAGACUUCAAUGCGACGAUUUCAGCUGACGAGAGGAGAAGUUGCAGGUCAGGAGACAUGGCCAGCUCGAGAGAAUUUGCGGAGGCCAUAAAUACGGCUAAGCUUAUUGAUGCAGCCUUUUCUGGGAACCGUUUCACAUGGUCCAACAACGAAGGAGGUCAGGCCCGAGUUUGGGCUUGUUUGGAUAGGGUUCUCCACAACCAAGAAUGGUCCUUUGCUUUCCCGUCCUUCCAUGUGGUGCAGGACGCCUGGAAUGCAAAAAAUUCAACCCAUCCGAUUUUUAAUGUCCUCCUUAAGCUCAAGAAAGUUAAGGAGGCCCUGAAGAAGUGGAACAAAGAAGUGUUUGGUAAUAUCUCUGUGCAGCAGCACAACCUCGAUCUUAUGGCGCUCCCCUCCUUGCAUGAGGUCCAUCAGAUCGUGCUUGCCAUCCCAGCAGACGGAGCAGCUGGCCCAGACAGAUUUUCUGGGGCAUUUUAUUUAGGGUGUUGGAAUAUCAUCGCCCAAGAAGCUGCUGUCUAUGUAUUCCAGGGAGGGCCUAUUCCGCAGGCAGUCAAUGUAUCUCUCAUUUGCCUCAUCCCCAAGUCUAAUUCGCCAAGUAGCUUCGCCAAUUUCGGGUCGAUUAGCCUCUACAACUGCCUCUAUAAAAUAAUCGCAACUAAGCUAAGUUACAUUCUCCCUUCCUUGAUUUCUCUAGAACAGGGCGCCUUUAUCCAAGGCAGGGCCAUAACGGAUCAUGUUGCGCUUGCCCCGGAACUUUUUAGAGACAUCAACAGGAAGUCCUGGGGUAGCAACAUAGUGAUGAAAGUGGACAUGGAAAACGCAUAUGACAAACUGGACUGGGGCUUCCUCAAGAAAGUGUUAUCACAGUUCGGCUUCAGUUCUGACUAG